CCAUUUGAUACUAGUUAUAUUGAAUCAACUAUUCAAAAAGAUUUGAUUAUCAAAGAUUAAAACACUAAAUCAAUAUCAAAAUGUCCAAUCCAUUUUUAGCCGACCUUGAGGAAAGUUAUACGCCAUACUCUGCGUCCGGCACACAAACACCAUAUUCAGUUGGAGCCAGAACACCAAAAAGACGUAACUCGACCAAUCCAUUCGAAAUCCUGUCACCAGAGAAUGAAAAUACCACAAUAUUUGACAACAAUGAUGAAACAUCAAAUACAGCGCAAAAUUUUGCCAGUGCCAUUGCCGACAUGUCAGCCGAUUUCUUCCAAAGUAUUAAUAAAACAUCGACAAAGUUCGAUGAAGAUGUUUUCACUGAAGAUGAACAAAACAAAAUCAACAGUAAAGUGAUUAAUGAUAAUGAGGAACCUGUAAAUAAAACAACUACAGUCAAAACAAUAACCAAUUUUGACACAAAUAAUGGCACCGUAUUUGAUCCAUUUCAAACAAUCAAUGAUGAUGAUCCCAAUUUCUCUUCCAAAAGGUCUUCAAUCGAACAAAAUCAACAACGAGAAUCUUCAUCGACAAAUGACGAUGAAAAAAUUCCGAAAAUAGCUUCAUCAAAAGCCAAAGAAUUAUUUCAUUCAUCAAUGAAUGAAAUCGAAUUAUUAGCGUCAGCCAAUCGUGAAGUUCAAUCAUCAUUAACUAAUGCUGAUGAUUCACCGAUAAGCCCAACAGAUCUAUUAGCGGCGCCUUUGAAAAUCGAACCAUAUUCAUCCGAUCUAUCCGACCUUUCUGAUAUAUCACCAAGUAAUAUUGUUGCGAAUGACAUUCGCAGUGCCUUUGAUGCCUAUCCGGGGAUCGAUGAUAAAAUAGAAAAAGACGAAGAACAUGGAAAGUUUCAGCCGAUAACAUCAUCUGAGAUUUUAUUGCGUAGAGUUUCAAAGACUGCAGGCAGACAUAGCCAAGACGAUGAUGAAGAUGAUUAUGAUGAUGAUGUAAUCAUCAAAAAAACAGGUGAACACUAUACAGAUGAGCAUGCUAUACGUAGUUCGUCCCAAUUUGAUCCAUUUACAACUGUUUUUGUUGAUUCACCAAUCACUUCUUAUCUUGAAGAAGGUGACAACGAUGAUGAAAUUGUUCCUGACUCAACAACAGUGGAAGCAGCGACAAUAGAAUAUAAAUGCAAAGCGAUAAACCAUGCAAAGAUCAUUGGCCUUGACAAUAUCAUGGACAGAAGUGAUAGCCUUGACUUGAAUUAUGUUGGACAACCAAAUGUUAAUGCCCAAGGAAUCAUAAAUAAUGCUUUCAACGAUGAACAAGAUAAAUCUGAAUCCCAGAUAGAAAAAACGGAUAAAGAAGCAACAGAACGAAAAUUAUCAGUUGAUAUUGCUGAAGUAGCAAUCGAAAAUUUGCAGCCUAAUUCAUUACGUGAACUAGUUGACAACAAUAUGGAUUUUCAAGAACAAACCGCGGAUAUCGAAGAGUCCAUUCAUGAAUCUAAUGAUCCAUUUGAUACAAGUGGCUUUGAUUCAAAAGCAUUUGAAGCAUUUGAAUCACGUUUCGAAGCUACGGAUAAUAAAGAAAAAAUUGUCCGUAUUGAUGAUGAUCCAUUUGCAUCACCAUAUAAAACGGCAAAAUCUAAUGCUGAUCAAGAUGGCAGUGGAGGUUUUGAUACAUUCGAACCAUUCGUGCCCAAACAGCCUGAAAAUACACCAUAUAAAGUGGCCAAGAAACCAAAAAAGAAAAAAGAUUCUUUCGAAGAUUCCGAUUCAUUCGAUGAUGAUGAUGAUGAUGAACCUGAGGAAAGUUUUCGAAUUGUCAUUCGGGCUAAAAACAAUGAUACACAGCGAUCGGAAGCAAAUUCAAAUUUGGCGCUUCCAUUAUUACCACCUCCACCGAAAUCUCCUAAGCGUUUUGCUCAAAAAGAUGCCGAACAAGAGGAAGGAGAAGUAUGUGAAGAAGAUUUAAUAUUGACCGGUUAUCGUAGUUCAUCUGCAAUGAAACCAAAAAAGACUGCAAAAAGUUUUAUUGAUGAAGAGUUCGAACGAUUUUUUGCCAGUUCGGAAAAUCGUCAAGGUUCGGAAACUGCCGAUACGGCCACAACUGAAGAACCAGAAUGGCCAACUGCAUUUGGCGAAGCCGCUUCGAAACAACAACGUACAGCUACUGGAACCGAUUCACCAGCAUCACCACAAACUCCUCUUUAUGAUGAGGAUACAUCCCAGCCGCUUGAAGAUUAUCCACCACCAUAUCUUGGUGAAGGAUGGGAAAUGAUGUUGAGACAUCCGGCUAAGAAAAAAUUGACUGCAAAUCGUUAUUGGAAGAAAAUAUUUGUCCGUUACAUACCUGAAACUUGUGUAUUACAAUUGUUCAAUAAAAAAGGUGAUGCUCAACCAUUUCAGGAGUUACCCUUACAAGCAUCAUAUUCGUUAUCGGAAAUUUCUCCUCAACAAUAUGAUCAAUAUGGGAAAAUAUUCACUGUCAAAGUACAAUACAUAUUUUAUCGUGAGCGUGUCGGCGUUCGGCCCGGACAAAUUGCCAAAGUCAUGCAAGGUCAGAUCCAAUCAAUGGGUGAUUUCGCCAAACUUGGAAUGCCCGUCGAACAUUCGCCACAAAUCAGUGAAUUACUUAAACUAGGUUCACUAGAAUAUAAUGAUAUUAAAGAAUUAAUAACAGUUGUCGAAGAAUCAAUGUUCCGCAUGACUGUACAUCGAGAUCGUGCCCUAACUUAUCGCACUGAAGAGAUUCAAUGUUGUGUACAAGAUGAAUGUUAUGUUGAACAGAAUAAGAUUGGAAUCAUUGAAAAACAAUUGGCUCGUGUUCGGGUAUUUUUCCUUGCUUUUUUAAACGGGAUGCCAGUUAUCGAAGUUGGAAUCAAUGAUCUAAGAAGACAAGGCAAAGAAGUUGUCGGCCGUCAUGAUAUUUUACCAGUAGUCACUGAAGAAUGGAUUCGCGUAGAACGACAAGAGUUUCAUUCAUGUGUACAAGAUCAAUAUUUUGAAACUGAACAACUAAUUCGUUUGAUACCACCGGAUGCAUGUCAAUUCGAAAUGAUGCGAUUUCGUAUUCGUCCACCAAAAAAUCGUGAACUUCCAUUACAGGUCAGCGCUUAUAUGAACAUAACACCAUCUAAAAUGGAGCUCAAAUGUGACGUUCUUGUACCCGGGUGUAUAUCAAGAAAACACGGUCAAAUACCAUGUGAAGAUAUUGCCAUCCGUUUUCAUAUACCCGAAUGUUGGGUAUAUUUUUUUAGGGUAGAAAAACAUUUCCGCUAUGGAGCUGUUCAUUCCACUAAUAGACGUUCGGGGAAGCUUAAGGGAUUGGAUCGCAUUUUAGGUACUGCAACAAAUCCUGAACCUCAAUUAAUUGAAGUGACAGCUGGUCUGGCAAAAUAUGAGCAUGCAUAUCAUUCAAUAGUAUGGCGUAUCCCGAAAUUGCCGAAAGACGGACAAGGAGCUUAUACGCAACAAUUAAUGUUGGUACGUUUACCAUUAUCAUCGUUUGAUCGAAUACCGGAAACAUUUUAUGAUUUUGUUCAUGUGGAAUUCCGGAUGCCUUCAACAACUGUUUCACAUACAACAUUACGAUCGAUUUCAGUUAAUUGUGAAACACCACCCGAAAAAUUUGUUCGUUAUGUUGCUAAAUAUGAUUAUAAAAUUGGUUUGAAUAUAACAUAUGAUGAGAGUAAACCUGAACCAGAAUAUUUGCAAGUAACAGCAUUGAACAAUGGAUCGGUAAAAAACUCUGGUCAAGAUGAUGAAGAACAUAGCAGUGAAGAGGAACGUCCAGAUGAACCAGAUCAAGAUGUUGAUAUGUAAAUGAUUCUAGUUGAAAGAAAAAUGAUCUACUUUUAUUCUUCAAUCAUACACUUUUCGUUCAUCAUCACUAGUUUUAAACGUUUUAUUUUUCUAUAAUAAUAUUAUUUUAAAAUCCCGGCGGUUUCACAGCGAAAUAACGAAACAAUAGGCCCGAAUCAUUAAAUGGAUCAUUGUGUAA